AUGCCCAAGGAAACUACCCCUCGCAGCACCGCCCGUGGUCGUACCCCGGCUGUCCGUUCGCCCGCCGGCGGCGUCGCAGCGUCGGCGUCGGCGGCCACCAACGCCAGCAGCAACGCCUCCCACCAGCGCAACCAGUCGCCCAACACCAACCACAACCACGCCAGUCGCCAAGUCGACGAGGCGGCCGCCGCCGAACGGGCCAUGCACGAAAAACUCUGCGCUGCAUGCAACAUUGCGAUGAAGCUGGUCGACGAGAACUGGAACAUCCGCCAGCACACCCGUGACGACCUUCGUGCGCUUGCGCGCUCGCUUGGAUUCCCGAUCGAGGAGGCCAAGGGUCCUCUUCUUUCCUCAGAGGAGUUCGACAAGUCUAAGGCCCAAUUGGCUACUCUGGACGAGGAGCCUAUCGACACCUCGAGGCCGGCCGUCGCCGUCUUGGAGUCCUUUGCCGCCGCCUGCGAUUCCAUCUUCGACGCGGCCCAAGAUGCCAAGACCCGCCACGACGGUGGGGUCAAGUCCCUCAUUGACAACUUCAAUGCUCGCCAGGACAAUGAUCGCGAGACGGACACUGUGAUCGGCUCAUCCGCCGUGAAGAACAUCCAGCUUGCCCCAAAGCCCCAGAACUCUGGAUUCGAUGGCCGCCUUCGUUUGGAGUUCGUGGGUCACAAGGUUCGCAAGGUUCCCAUUGACGUUGACCGCCAGUGGGGCGAGGACGAGGACGAGGACGAUGAUAUUGCCGAGGGCUUGGCCACGCUGCCCCGCUUCGACCUCGUUCGAUCCUACAACGGCCCGUACGCUUACCUUAGGGCACCGUCUCCUGAUACCACGCCACAGUAA